AUGCAGCGAAUUGAAGCUGCUAUAGAAUGUGCAAUCAAAUCUCGAAAAUAUAAUGCUCUUGUUACGGAGACGUUUGAGCUCGCCCGUUCACAGGCUAAAUCAGCUAUCGAGAAAGGUCUCACUCCAAUCCCUGUCGUCGUCAAAGAUUGCUUCGCUGUCGCCGGAUAUCCAAUGACAUGUGCUUCUCGAAUGCUUGAAAACUACGUUCCACCCUAUACCGCCACAGUUGUUCAAAGGCUAAUCAAUAAAGGAGGAUGUGUCAUCGGAAAAGCAAACAUGGAUGAAUUCUGUAUGGGUACCUCCAGUGCUCUCGGUCAUUUUGGCCCGGUGAAAAGUGGUCUCACAGAGGAUGUAGAGAACGACUGGAUUGUACCUGGAGGUUCGUCUGGUGGGUCUGCCGUUGCUGUCCAUUUGGGAAUGGCUGAUAUAGGCCUUGGUUCGGAUACUGGUGGAUCUUCGAGAAAUCCAGCUGCUUUCAAUGGAUUAUUUGGCCUCAAGCCUACUUAUGGAGUGCUGUCACGGCAUGGCUUGGUUCCAUUGGUUAAUUCCAUGGAUGCACCGUCCAUUAUCUGUAAAACGGCGAAAAAAUGUUGGGAAUUUCUUGGAUCUAUGACUGGCAUCGACCAGCACGACUCAACUACUGUUGAAUUGCCGUCUACGAGUCGAAAGUCCGACUUGAAAGGUUUACGCAUCGGAGUACCGAAGGAAUACUAUAACGAGUUUUUGACGGACGAUGCUUGGAAAGUUUGGAACCACGCUGCCAAUUUGUUGCAGCAACAAGGUGCUAUCAUCGAGCAUGUUUCGUUGCCUCACACAAAAUAUUCAUUGUUGUGUUACCAGGUCCUCUCUGCAGCGGAUAUAGUGUCUAACAUGGCUCGAUACGUUGGUAUUGGUUUUGGUCACCGCUCUGAUAAGGAAACGUCGACUUUCGAUUUGUAUGCGUCAACGCGAACUGAGGCACUGAAUAGCGUCGUAAAAGCAAGGAUCAUGGCCGGAAAUUACUUCCUUAUGAGAGAGUACCGCAAGGAAUUCUAUGAUCGAGCGUUAAAAGUUCGUAGGGUUAUUGCUGCGGAAAUGUACGAUGUUCUGAAAAGGGUGGAUUUGCUGUUGACGCCUACUGCGACAGGAGCUGCUCCCCGUUUUUCGGAUCAUUACAAGGGUUUCUACAAGAGGGAAGAUCACGACGAUUUCUAUACUCAGCCGACAAAUCUUGCUGGUCUGCCUGCCAUUUCGGUUCCAUGCGGGUCCAGCUCGGACGAUUUGCCUAUCGGAGUUCAACUGAUAGGCAACCUAUUGCAAGAUAGACUUGUGUGUGAUGUCGGUCAGCAAUUGUAUGACGCUGCUGAAGAUAAUGGGGGAACAUGA